AUGAGCGAAGAGUCCGACACGUCCUCAAGCUCGAGCUCUAGCAGCGACUCCCGAAGCGAAGGCGAAGACGUAGAGGUGCCGGACGUAGAGGCGCCGGCCUCCGAUGACGAGGCUGAGCCUGCAGAUCCAAAAGCUGUCGUUCUGGAAAAGGGGGAGGCGGGAGACGAUCUCCAUCCAGAGUAUCCAGACGACGAGUCAGAAAGGGAGGAAGCGGUUCAGACCAGAACAGCCAUCAUGAAGGAGAGAGCCGCCAAAAAGGCGGCAUCCACGAUGUCUCUGUCUCGCUCCUGGACAAGAAGAACUUCAGGCAAAACAGACAGCCCUCGCUCUCCGAGGUCGCCAGGGCGUGACUGGGCAGAUGGCGCCGAUACCUUCUCUCCCAAGCGAAGCGAAAAAGAGCCCAGUGAUGCAGGCGAGCCCAGCGGCGACGGUGGCCCGAGCCCUCGCCGCCGAAAGUUACGCUUUUGUGGCUGUGGAUUCCUCUCGCGGUUCCGGGCCCGCUGGAAAGAGCGCUGUGGAGCCUGCUCAAGGCGAGUCGCACGCUGCUGCAAACCUUGUGUUCGACUCUUCAGACUUUUAUCCUGGCUUUGGGCUGGGUUUGAGUCCAGAUGCAGGCAUUUGGCUUUUGCCAUCCGUUGCCUUUGCUGUCCCCUCGUCCUUUUGCUGGCAAUAUCCCGCUGUUGCUGCGGAAGCUCAGAUUCCGACGAAACAAGAUCAACUUCGCGCUCAAAGCCCGUGAGGAAGAAAAGCGCACGCUCGAUGUCCCGUGGCUUCUCCCGCAGCGGCAGUAUGGCCGCAGGCCGCUCGACAAACAGGAGUGGCACCUCCAUCCGUUUCUCCCAAGGCCCCAGCCACCAGCCCAAGAGCACCAUCAAAUUGACACAUCCUCGCAGCUCGCCUCAAGCCGACGGGCAGGUUCAGAAGAAGGCCUCCGCAAGGGAGAGGUUCCGAGAAUUGCGCCGGGAAAUGACCUCUGAUGCUGCAGAGCUGGAGCCGGAACAGCGUGGCACCCUGCAGCGGGGCCAGAGCGGCCUGAGGGCUUCGAAGUCUUUCAUGGCCAAAGCACUUGCCCGUGGAGACAGCAGCUUCUCCGAGGCUCCCGAGCCGACGGGUCUCGCGGCCUUGGAUUGGACGGCCUGGUUGCCUUGGAACUGGGGCUCCACCUACGAGGUUUGGAAGGACUCCCGCAUUGAGAUGUGGUCUAAUCUUGAGAAGAUUCUGGAUGAAAUGGACAAGGAAGACCAGAGCAAAGCAGAUGUUAUACGAUCACCGCUUCAGAGAAAGUAUGUCCGUGCCUGGCGCAUUUUCAUUUUUGCCUAUUGGGAUCCUUUCUUGGAUCUUCUUCCCACUUGGAAGACGGCACUUGCCAUCUUGAUGAGCUCUCUGAUGAUCAUUCCCAUCUCCGGCUUUGUUGUAGCAUCCGUUCUACUGGUGUCCAGUCUUCUACGCAACAUGGAGUAUGUUGAAGGUGACUGUCAGAUAGAGGCGCUGCCGGAUGCAUUUGUAACCAAGAAGGGCGUGGUGACGGAAGUUAUUGGGACCUACCUCAUCCGCCGCUUCUACGGUGCCUCUGCCGAGCGAACCGAGGGCUUCGUGUUGCAGCCUUGCCAGAUUAGCGUGCCCUGUGAGCAUGAAGACAUUGCCCGCACAGGCUUUCUGGAGAGGGAGAAAUGUGACAAGUUUCGAAUUUGGGCCUGGAGGGAUCCUGUGACUUGCUAUUAUCAUCAGGAGGAUGAGUAUGGAAGUGCCGCUCGGGACCUCCUUUGCCUCUCUCGGCCUAGUGACCUUCAAGAAGAGAUCUUCGGGGUCGUUAUUGCCGGUGCAGCAGUGCUGGUGGCGAUUCUGAUCGUCAUUGUGGUGCUGAUUCGCCGGGCGCUCGACAAACGGGAAGCGCAGAGCCAAAGGCAGGCAGAUGCACAUGAAGAGAUGGAGGACAUCGACGAUGCCGAUUGGGGACCCGACAAAUCAAAGUCCUUCCAUAAACAGAACACGAGGCUGACACUGACGAUGUUGCACCAGGCGACCCAGUCGGAGUCCUUUUCUGCCAAGCCUCUCGCAGUGCAGGUGGAUGGCGAUCUGCAGAACAGCCUGUCACUGCCGUUGCUUGACAGCCAAGCUCAAGCUUCUGUGGUGCAAUUGUACGUGCCCGACCUUCAGGAAUGCUGGGUUGUCUGGGAGGUCAUGGCGGUUGCCAUUCCAAACCUACCGGCUCCCACCGCCGCGGGCAAGCCGGACCGGGGUGAAACAGACAACAUGGCUGAUGAUGUGCGGAUCUGUGCCACUACGGAACUCGAGAACUCAACAAUUCGGAGAAUGUGCAAACCACAACCCACAGCAACUGAUGCGGAUCGGCAAAAGCUUCGGUUGGGAAGACCGGUGGCGCAAAGUCAGUCGGGAAGUUACGGCGUGAUCUUGGGCCAAAGCACUGCAGAGGCAGCCAAGAUGCACGGAGGAACAGCUGCUGCCGAUCAGAUCCCUUUGCGGCUUGUGCCUCGUCUUUCUCUUUUUCUGCAGCUGCGCACGUUCUCGGCGAAGCUGCUCCUCAGUCAAAAGUUCUCUCACAGCAUCCCCGCUGUUGACAAGCCUGACGAGAUUCCACCAGACAACUGUGCCGGCGUCAACCGGAGGUGCUGUGGCGUUGGGUUUCGAGCGGCUGCAGUGUCUCCGCCCAUGAUGGUACCUCACUGGGCAAGCUGGCCUGGAGCAAGCGGGACGUUAGCACGAACGGCCUGGGCUCCCUCCAGAAUUCGUACGUGCUGGGAGAGCUGCAUCCGCAAGACAGCGUCCAUGAUGAUGCUGGCCGACGUCUGCUCGAUAGUGAUCCCGGUGCAGAGGGCAGUGGCGGGCUUGCCUGAGGCGUUCGAGCAGUUCAAGUAUGCGGAAGCCGUUGGAAAGCUGCAUGGUGCUUUGAGCUAUCUUCGAAGAGCCCUGCAGAUGGAGGUGGACUUGGGCACUGAUGAAGUCACGCUCGCAGGCACUCACCUGAACAUCUGCGCGAUCCUCUCGAAGUUAGAGAAGCACGACAAGGCGGUUCAGCAUGCUCUACAAGCCUUGGAGCUGAUCGAUCGGAAGACGAGCACUGCAGAUCCUGCAGAUGUUUCAGCAGACGAUUACUCAGUUCUCGCCAUUGCGUACCACAACGUGGCCGUUGAGCGAGAUUUGCUGCAGCAAUACGACAAGGCAGCAGCAGCCUUCUUCCAGGGCUUUCAGGUGGCCAAGCGUUGCCUCGGCGAGGACCAUCCGCUCGCCGUCACGCUGGGCAAGAACGCAGAAGCAGUGCUCCUCAAAUCUCAGAGGAUGACCAAAGUUAGCUCUGCAACAGCUACGGCGCGGAAGCCAGUGAAGGAUGCAGAUCUGGAGCGCUUCACAGCAGGGAUGACGGACAGCCCGUCUCUGCCAGCUGUGCCGUCGGCCAAACCUGAGACAGAAGUCGAGGAGGAUCCUUCGAUGACGCAGCGCACCAUUCGACAAGAUGCUGCGGAGUGGGUGCGAAGCGAGGAGGGUGCAUGGUCGAGCUUUGCGAAGACGGCUUUGGGACCGGCAGAGGCACGAAGCCCACCCACUUCGACGGCGGCCGAGGGUGGCCUCAACCGGCCCACGCUGCCUGGUCAGGCUCGCGAUGCUCUGCGAGAUGCCAGGAUGAAGGACUUGGGAAUUCCCUCGCUGACAAACACUGUAGGCGGGAUUCCGUUCAGUGCAGCCACGGUGCCCAAGCCGCCCGUGGGCUGGGUCGGCUCGAAGAAGACGCCCCUUGCACAGGCACUAGACGGGGUCCCUCAAAACAUCGUGGAGAUCGUCGAUGCCAGCCGGACCGGUCUUCAGGUUGCACGGACCAAGCGGGCUGCUCCCAACGACUUCCGGCCAAAUCGGAUGAUCAAGGGCAGCACAAGGACCUCUCGAGUGCUGCAACGAAGCUGUGCCUGGAACACGACGCACAAUCGAGAUCAGGUCAUGCAGGGCCGACAGUUCAGUGCAGUGGAGCAGCAGAAGAACGAGUUCAUGCGCAAGGUUGCAGCCGAGAGAAUCCAGAGGACUUGGCGAGCUUGGUACAAGUACUGCCAAGACAACUCGGAUUGGCUCGUGACAACAUGGAUAGCAGCGACCAUGAUCCAGGCCAGGUGGCGAUGCUAUCAUGUGAAGCGCAAGAAGUUGGACAAGGCUUCUACAACCAUCCAGAGAAUCAUCCGUGCCUUUCUGGUGCGCCGUCUGCUGUCCAAGCGGCGCAAAGCAAUCGUCAUCCAGCGGCAUGCCAGAGGAGUGAUCACUCGUAAUCGGCUUCGUGCGAAACAUCGAGCUGCGGUCAAGGCCCAGUCGCUCAUCCGGGGCUUCCUCGGAAGAAGACGGGUGCAAAAGAAACGUCUAGGCAUGGACCAGCUGGCUUUGACAAUUCAGUGCGCCGUCCGUUGCCACCAAGCGCGACGGAGAGUGCAGGUUCGGCGGGAUGCAGCCGCUAAUGCAAAGGCCAGAGUGGCCGGAGCGGUGAACAUCCAGCGGCAUUUCCGCGGCAUCCAAGGCAGGAACCAAGCGACUCAGAAGCUGACGGAGUACAAUACGGCUAUGGAGCAGCACAGAGCUGCAACGAAAUUGCAGGCUAUGGCGAGACGAGAUGCCGCCAUCAAAAGGGUCGACAAGAUCAGGUUGGAUAAGUUCGAGGAGAUGAACAAGGCCGCCACGACCAUCCGCAAGCUGUGGAAGGGAAAGAAGACCCGUCGAAAGUACCAACAGCUCAUGGAAGAGUUUGCAAGGCACGUCGACAACGUCAUCACCAUCCAGCGAUAUGCGCGCGGAUUUCUAGUGCGGCUCCGCAUGUGGCGACAAGCAGUCCGUGCGGAAGAAGAGUUGUGGGCUUCCUUAGAGAUUCAGCGCGUGUGGCGUGGGUAUUUGGGCCGUGUGAAGUGGGAAGCUAAAUACGAGGAGGUUUGGCAGAAGGAAAUGGCUGCCGCCAUGAUCGAGAGAAACAUCCGUGGUUGGCUCGCCCGUGCCAAGGUGGGGCGCAUGCGUCGCAGAAUCGCGCGUGCCGAGUUUGAGCGCGCUCGCAAGCGAUUCCGAGCAGCACAGCGGAUCCAGGCCCUGGUGCGUGGAGUUCUCGUUCGGAUACGAUUUGUCCGGCGGUAUGCCAGAUCUAGGACAGCCGCUGUGCGCAUCCAAAGAGUAGCCAGAGGCCAUGCGCUAAGAAAGCGCUUGUGGCAGCAGGUGAAAGCACAGAAGGCCACCUACAUUGAGGCUCAUGCAAGAGGCUUCCUCGUCAAGCGACGCCGACUGCACCUGAUCGCCAGGGUGAUGCGCAUCCAGCGCGUGUGGAGGAGAUGGCUUGAGAAGCCACCAGAAGAUCGCGAUGCUGCCGUGGCCCUCAUGAAGGAGCGCAAGGAGCAGGCAGCCAAAAUCCAGCAAGCCUUCCGGAAGCAUGCUGAAAAGAAGGAAGUUCAGCGGAUUCACAAGGAGGAUGCCGCAACGGCGGAGAAGCCAAGUGGGGAAGAGGAAGCAGUCCCUCCACCCGCAGAAGGACAUGUCGCAGAUCCCACGACGGCUGAGAAGCCAAGUGGGCAAGAGGAAGCGGCCUCUCCACCCGCAGAAGGACAUGUCGCGGAUCCCACGACGGCUGAGCAGCCAAGUGGGCAAGAGGAAGCGGCCUCUCCACCCGCAGAAGGACAUGUCGCGGAUCCCACGACUGCUGAGAAGCCAAGUGGGGAAGAGGAAGCAGUCCCUCCACCAGCAGAAGGACAUGUCGCAGAUCCCACGACGGCCGAGAAGCCGAGUGGGCAAGAGGAAGCAGUCCCUCCACCCGCAGAAGGACAUGUCGAGCCUGGCGGCCGCGGCAACACGGAUCCAGAACUCUGA